AUGGCCGAUCUAGAAGCUAACAAGGCUUCGGGCCUGGACCUGGAUAACCACCACCGCCCGGAGUACAAGGUCAACGACAAUGGCACCGAGGUCUCAGACUCGAAUGGCGCAUGCCCGGAGGAUAGGCACAAGUCGAUUUUCCACCAGCUUGGACUCCUGGAUCGGUUCCUUGCUGUUUGGAUCUUUCUUGCUAUGCUUAUAGGUAUUCUCUUGGGGAACUUCGUGCCGAGUACUGGUCCGGCAUUGCAGAGGGGGAAAUUCGUUGGCGUGUCUGUGCCUAUUGCCGUCGGCCUACUGGUUAUGAUGUACCCUAUCUUGUGCAAAGUACGAUAUGAAACGCUGCACCGGACGCUUCGACAGAAAGCGUUGUGGGUCCAGAUUGGGUUCAGUCUCGUUGUCAAUUGGAUCGUGGCCCCUCUCUUCAUGUUGGCACUAGCAUGGGCAUUCUUGCCGGAUGAGAAGGGGUUGAGAGAGGGAUUAAUCUUGGUUGGAAUUGCACGGUGCAUUGCAAUGGUGCUCAUCUGGACAGGUCUUGCCGGUGGAGAUAAUGAGUACUGCGCCAUUCUAGUCGCCAUCAACUCCGUAUUACAGAUGGUGCUGUUCGCACCGCUUGCCAUAUUUUUCAUCAGUAUCAUCAGCGACGAUGAUAUCGAUCUGCCGUAUUCAAUUGCAGCCAAAAGCGUGGGUGUCUUCCUCGGUAUACCACUCGGCGCAGCGGUAGUGACGCGAUUCGGGCUUCGCAAUCUGAUCGGAGCGAAACGGUAUGAUCAAAAGUUCCUCGUGUGGAUCAGCCCAUUGUCUCUCAUUGGGCUGCUUUUCACGAUCAUCGUCUUGUUCGCCUCGCAGGGUCGUCAGGUCGUUCACCAGAUUGUAUCCGUGGUGCGUGUGGCGGCGCCUCUGAUCGUAUACUUUGCGGUGAUCUUCCUGGCCACCCUGGUAAUCACUCGGCGCUUUGGUUUUGGAUACGAACUAUCGUGCACGCAGAGCUUCACGGCAGCGAGCAACAACUUCGAGCUGGCAAUCGCAGUGGCAAUCGCUACUUUCGGAGUGGAUAGCGAUCAAGCAUUGGCAGCCACUGUCGGUCCUCUUGUUGAAGUCCCCGUGCUUUUGGGGUUGGUGUAUGCCGUCAAGUGGUAUGGCAAGCGGAAUAGCUGGUAG